AGAAUCCAUCCAUGAAGGCUAACCACCUCACCAGUCCUGAAUUGCGAAAGAUCUGCCAGAGACCUUGCGCGGGGUUGGUACACCGAGGCCUGGGCUUUCUCGAGCACAAGAUAAAUAUCUUGGCCGUUCCCCUCUCAUAUCUUCCUAAAUAUAUUUUCGCCCAUCAUCAUGUCUGCUUCCCCUUCAUACGACGUCGUCAUCGUCGGUGCCGGUUUCUCGGGCCUUUACCUCCUCCACAGUCUACGCAAACUCGGAUAUAACUGUCGUGUUUACGAAUCCGGCACUGAUCUCGGUGGUGUCUGGCACUGGAAUAGGUACCCUGGAGCGCGCGUGGAUUCUGAAGGAGCCAUCUACCAAUACUCCAUCCCAGAGGCAUGGCAGAGCUGGUCGUUCAAGGAGAAGUUUCCCGCAGCGCAGGAAAUCCGAGACUACUUCGCCCAUCUAGACAAGACUUUGGAUAUCAAGAAAGAUGUCGAGUUUUCCACGACCGUGACUGGCGCGCAGUUCGAUAAGGAUGGGUCGAAGAAGUGGAGGGUUGAAACGCAGGAUGGGAGGAUUACAACCUGUCGGUUUUUGUUGCUCUGCGUCGGGUUUGCUUCGCAGCGGUAUGAGCCCAAUAUUCCUGGACUAGAAAGCUUCAAGGGAAACGUAUACCAUUCGUCGUCUUGGCCAAAAGAUGGCGUGGACGUUCGCGGGAAGAAGCUCGCUGUCAUUGGAACAGGAGCAUCAGGCGUACAGAUCAUCCAGGAUCUCGCAGGGAAAGCAGAGUCAACGGUUGUAUUCCAGCGAACGCCCAAUAUCGCACUCCCAAUGCAGCAAAGGACACUCUCGCAGGAGGAAAAAGAAGACCUGAGGGCCCGCCAUCCCACUCUCUUCGAGGCCUGCAAGCACACCUUCGGCGGGUACUUGGACGAUGCACGCCCAGCAAAGACCUUUGACAUCCCAACCGAGGAAAGAGAAGCCCACUACGAGUCCCUCAUACAGAAAGGCGGCUUUUCCUUCCUCCUCAGUGCGUUCAGUGACUUUCUCACUGACGCCGACGCCAACCGCGAGGCAUACAAUUACUGGGCAAAGCGAACACGCGCAAGAAUCACCGAUCCCAGAAAGAGAGACUUACUCGCCCCCCUCGAACAGCCCCACCCAGUCGCCGCAAAAAGAUGCUCCCUGGAACAUGACUACUUCGAGCAAUUCAACAGGCCAAAUGUGGAUCUCGUGAAUAUCCGCGAACCAGGACAGGCCAUUGCCUCCAUCACACCGGAGGGAGUCAAGACCGAAAACGGGACUGUUUACGCCGUCGACGCAAUAGCCCUCGCUACAGGGUUCAAUAGUUAUACGGGAAGCUUAACCCAGAUCCAAGGGCUCAAGAAUACAUCGGGCACCACGCUCGCAGAGGAAUGGGGCCAAGAUGCUGGUGUCAAAACAUACCUCGGUAUGACGCGGAGGGGGUACCCGAAUAUGUUUCUCGCAUAUGCUGUCCAUGGACCGACAGCGUUGAGUAACGCGCCGACUUCGAUCGAGCUGCAGGGACGGUGGAUUGUGGAUGCAAUUCGGAAGAUUGAUGAGAGCGGCCUGAGUUAUAUUGAGCCGACGGCCGAGGCAGAGGAUGCGUGGAAGGCACAGAUUAAUGCCAUUGCCGAUAUGACGCUGUUCCCGAAGGCGGAUUCGUGGUAUAUGGGUGCGAAUAUACCGGGGAAGAAGAAGGAGAUGUUGAAUUGGCCUGGGGGGUUGCCAAUGUAUGAGGAGCUUUCCUGGAAGGCGUUGGAAGGGUGGGAGGGGUUUGUUACUGCUUAGUCGAAGGACUUGGGUAGAUUUCGUUUGAAACUCGGGUUUGGAUGUUGUAUAGUUUUAUGGUUUAAUAAUACAAUAACUAUAUUUUGUCCUCAGAAUAUGGCUCUAAUAUAGCUCCGUACAAUGUAUAUCUUUAUGUAGAUGCUGAUAUACAAUGUUAGUUCCUGGAAUUUCCAGAUGUUAACCUCCAGGCCCGCAAUGGCAGACCCUGCAACUUCAGAACAGCGGGUUUGAUGAACAUGAUAAACGUGACGGUUCCA